AUGCGUUCAAUCUCCCUCACUCUGCUCGCGGCUCUGCCGUCGGCCAUGAGCGUCAAAUUGCUGGCCUCGCACUACACCGGGAAAAUCUUUACGCUCGACUUCGACUCUUCAGCCACAGCCCUCACGUCGGAAGCCAGCGUCGAAGGCUGCGGACGUCUCCCGGGGUGGCUCGAGUACUACUCGGACGACCAGACCGUCUACUGCUUCGAUGAGUCCUGGUUCGGCAGCGGAUACAUCGUUAGCUACAACAUCAGUGACUCGGGCGCUCUAACGCAGUACCAGCAAGCCCCUACAACCGGUAACGAUGUUCACGGGCUCUUAUACGGAGGUGCCGACGGCAAGUCGUUUGUAGCAACUGCACAGUACUCCCCGUCCACUAUCACGACCUACAAACUCCCCCUCUCGGCCUCCACCAAACCCCUUCAACUAGAGAAAUUCACAUUGGCGCAACCGGGGCCUAACCCGCGUCAAGACGUCCCGCACCCGCACGAAGCUCUUCUCGACCCAACCGGCAAAUUUAUCCUCGUACCCGAUCUCGGCGCAGAUUUGAUCCGCAUCUUCAGCAUCGACGCCUCAACAGGCGCCCUCACCGCUUGUGGAAGUGGCCAGGCCAACCCUGGAGACGGUCCCCGCCACGGAAAAUUCCUCAGCACCUCGUCCAACGGUUCAGUCCUUUACACGCUCAACGAGCUCGGCAACUCGGUAUCCGCGUGGACUGUUUCCACAGGCUCGUCCUGCCUGGAAUUGACCCUCACCCAGACGCUCUCGACCUAUGAUGAGGGCGUUACCCCGGGACCUACGACCAAAGCCGCCGAACUACACAUUCGUGAUAACUUCUUGUACGCCGCGAACCGCGCGGACCAGACGUUUGGCUCGGCGCAGGACUCCAUUGCUACGUACUCGAUCGAUCCCGCUACUGGAAAGCUAGCUUGGAUUGAGGCCGCGAAUGCGCAUGCGUACUACCCGCGUACGUUCCAGAUUAACAAGGCCGGAGAUCUCGUUGCCGUUGGAGGCCAGACGAGCUCAAAUGUCGCUAUUGUGAAGAGAGAUGUUGAGACGGGAAAACUUGGAGAGUUGGUGGCCAGCCUGGUGGUUGCGACCCCUGGAAGGCCUGGUGAGGAGGAUGGAUUGAGUGCAGUUGUCUGGUUGGAGUAG